AUGAAUAUUAAUUUGACUGAUAAGUAAAAAAUAUAUAGCAAUGUCAUCAAAAAUGCAUUAGAAAAAAUUUACAAAAAUGAUAAAGUAGAUAUUUUAAACUUAAUUAAUACAAGCUUGGGCUGUUAGACUAUAGAAAUUAAAUACGAUGUGGAAUUCCACUAGUUACUUGCUCAAUAUUUUCAAAAUAUGCGUUAUUAAGAUACAAAGGAUAAAGAAGAUGUGCUUUAAAAACUGCUUGAGUAAUGCCUCAGUCAAAAUCUAAUUUUAAAUACUUAAAAAAGUAAACUUUCUAAACAAAUCAUCAUUUUGAAGCGCCUAAGAAGAAUUUAAUAAAAGCUUAAGGAUGACCCAAAAAAUGCUUUGGAUCAUUUGAUAGAAGAAUACGACUAAGAGGAGGAAAAUUGUGAUGAAGAAGUGCUAUUAUAGCGUUUCGAAUAGGAUAAAACAGACUUAAGAAUGCAAAUAGAAGACAAUGUUAAAGAUUUAAAAAAAGAAAAUAUAAAAUAUCUGUUGUUGAAAAAAUAAAAUAAUUAAGAAAAAAAUAUUUAAAAUGAAUAAAAUUUAGAAUAAAUUCUUUUAGAUGUAUAUAAUCAGCAAAAAAUUGAAGAGAGUUUCUCAAAAAGACUUCUAUAAGAAGUUAAUUUUAUCAGAAAGAUCAUUAGUAUGAUGAGGCUUAAGGAGUUAUUUGGCUUAGAGUAUGUCACAGUAUAGCCUUAUGGUUCUAUAGUUAGUGGAUUUGCUUAAAAAUCUAGCGAUGUUGAUAUCAGUAUUAAUACUAACUGCUAUAUAGAUGAGAGCUCAUUUAUAUAACUUCUUCAUAACUUCAUAAAGCAGUAUUGCAGUAAUAAAUCAAUUAAGAAUGUUGAAACUGAGCCAGUUCUUCAGGCCUAAACUCCGUUGCUCAAAUACACAAGGAAAGAUACAGUAGAUCAAUAAUAAAUAAAAAUAGAUAUAGAUAUUUGUGUUAACAAUAUCUUGGGAUGCACUAAUUCAUUAAUGCUUUACACUCUUUCCUAACUGCAUCCAAAAAUUUAAUAAUUAGGAAUUAUCAUUAAACACUGGGCUAAGUAAAGAGGUGUAUCCAGUAAAAGUCACUUAUCCUCCUAUUCCUUUAUUUUGAUGAUGUUUUCCUUCCUUUUCAGAGAAAAGAUAUUGAACUCAGAGUUUGUCAAAAAAAGUAAAAGUAAAGAAAAUUAGUGUUAAGUCAAAAUUAAAAGAAAAAAAAAGGAUGGUGAAUAAAUAUUUUAAACUAAUUUAUACUUUUAUAGCAAUGUAGAAGACUUAAAAAUGAAAUUAGCUAUAUGGAGAAAAGAAAAAAACUUGCCUUCCUUAGAUGAUGUAUCACUAAGCUAACUUUUUAUAGAUUUUAUAAAAUUCUAUUAAUCUAGCUUUAAUUUUAAAGACAAGAGGUUUAUUUCCAUUUUUAACUUUGAUGUCAAUUACAGCAAUAACAAUUUUAAAUAUGAACUUUAUGAUGAAAAUUAUUACUUCAAUAUUGAAGAUCCAUUUGAUACUAAGCACAAUCCUGGAUAAAAAACUCAAAACAAAUAAGAAUAAUAUAAACAGGCCUUUGAUGAUGCUUUAAAUUAAAUUGAAAGUAAGUAAUAUAAUCUGCUAUUCUCAUCUAAAUGA